UCCCCCAGAUACACUUCCAUCACAUCCACUCCAUCAUGGCAAAGUUCCAGGCUAUCCUCGUGGUCGCGGCCCUAGGCUUGUUGGCCGUCUCCGAAGCCCAGCAGCAGCGCUAUGCGCAGCGCUUGAGCCGCGGACGUUCGCGGUACUCCGCUCGCCAGGAGCUGGCUCCCGCGGACGGGGCUGCUCCGGACGCCGUCACGCCCUAUCCCUCGGCGGACGAGCUGAAGCCGGAAGUGCCUUUCGAUGAGGCGGCGGCCCCUUCGUUCGCCGAGCCCACUCCGGAUGCCGUUUACGGACCGCCCGAUGCCGCGCCCAACAACGUUCCCGACGAGGUCUACGGCCCCCCGGACGUGACCGGAAACGAUCUGCCCGCCGCCGCUGACAUUCCGGCGGAGCAGCAGGCUCGUUUGGUGGCUGCCAGGAGGGCGGCCAACUACCGGAGAGCCGCCCAGCCCAUUUCCAACCGUCGAGCGGCUUCCGCUGCAGCUCGUCCGGCCAAGUUGAGCGCUGCCCGCUCCUCCGUGCGACGUUUCUAGAUGAAAUUCCAGCAGCCAAAUCAAAACAAAAACCCAUGACGAUCCGACCGAGCCACGAUGACGACAAAUAAACCCACGCGCACACUUUUCCCCACCUGAACACACAGAAACACACAUGAAAAUCUUACUCGAUUAUAUUCUAAAGCAAAUAAAUAAUGA